AUGAUGGAUGAAUCCAUAGAUUAUUUAUCCGAUAAAUUUAAGAAACGUCCCAGUAAGAAACCUGACCUUGAAGUAAGUAUAAUAAAACAUUCAAAAUUAUAUUAUAUAAUAUACUGUUUUAGAGUACAAGGUGAUCCAUUUAAGCAGUUAUCUCUGAAAAUAUUAACUUUUUUCAGAAUUCGUUCUUUAUAAUAAUAAGGAAACGAGCUACUCUAAAAUUUUACAUGUAUGUUAUUUUUUUUCACCCUUUUUUUUUAGGGGUGAAACCAUUAUCUACUUUUGAUUUUUAAGUGGCGACCUAUAAUAAUUUCCUUAUUUGCCAGACAUUUAAAAGUUGAAUAACUUUUUAAUCUUUUUCAACGAACUCCAAUAAUGUGUCCAACAAAUCGGAGUUAAUAUUGUUUGGAACAUUUUUUUAAAUUCUGUGAACUUUUUGUGUGCUCAACAAUUUAACACGAAGUUUAUUAUAAGUUUUAUUACUUGGUAAUAUAUAAAAAAAAAAAAAAAGGUUGAGUAUAAUACCGGGUGAAUGAUUUAACGUAAAACACUCAUAAGUGUUUGUUUAUAACGUGUUUCAUGUUCAAUUAAUCACCUGGUAAAUUAUAGAGUUUUAUUAUUAUGUUUCAAACUCAAAUUUUAACGAAAAUUGGAAAAACCACGGAGUUUUAAGACGAGUUUAACCGGAACUCGAUCUAUAUUAAAACAUACGAGUACUAAGUAUUCGACCACUUAUAUUUGCGUAUUAAAAUGCUUUAAUUCAAAUACCUCUUUAAUAACUCAAACACUUUAAAAGUCUACCUAAUAAACGUAGGUAUCGCCAUAACACUAGGGAGUUUAGCAAAUAAUUAACCUAACUAAUUGGUGUCUCAGUAUUGAAAUUGCGUGGAUUUUAUUUAACAGUGAUUUUUUUUUGCCCGUAGACGAUCUAUGAAGAACCCUCGAUAGUUAACUUUAUUGAAAGGCGAGUUUUUGCGCCGUUCAAAUGCUCCAUUAGCUGAGGUAUUAUCAAUGUUUGGGAUUUUUUUUUUUUUAUAAAAUAAAAUAAUCAAAUUAUCUUUUAGAUAACCUUAUGAUCGAGAUAAUAAUUGAACGCGUCGACCAAAAGGCUGUUGACUUCAAAUCCGAGGCUUGUUUCUACAGCAAUAAAACUAAAAAAUAUUUUGCCUACAAUGGAGCCAUAAAAACACUCAAGUAUGAUAUCAGUGGUUAUUAGUUUAGGAGCAUAUUUCUUUUAUUUAAAUAUCACUGUCAGCGUUGUAAAAAUUCGUUUGGCAGUGCACACUUUCGUAAUUAUAUUGUGUUCCGCUAUAUAUAUAUAUAUUUUGCAGAAAUACUGUAGAUUCAAUAAUAAUGGUUUUUAUUUGUUUUCAGUAUCUAUGAAAAUGAUUUUCUGCUGCCCGCAGUUAUUCUUUUCAGUGUCAAAUCACGGACAAGUGGCAAAACGCACUACUUCGAAGAAGACGACUUGUAUUUUAUUAAAAAUAACGGAAGAAGCAUUAUACAACUAAAAUCAAGAACCUAUGGAUUAACGAAAUUAAUCUUGGGCUCUAUUGAAAUAAAAAACAACCAAGUAUUAAUGGUCCGUUUCGAAGAAGAGCCAAAAUAA